CUUCACGCCAGCAGUCAGUCGAUCGGUACGGCUUAAAUUCGCACACGAAAGACACAAUUCUUUCCUGAAGAAAUGCUGGUUCAAGUGGAGUAUCAGACCGUCCAGAAAUGGGUUCGGGUUCCAGUGACGGAUGACUGCUAUGAUUACUUCAAAUUUAUGCACGAGGUUCAUGCUAAAUUCAAUUUGGAAAAAGAAAUCUGUGUAGACCUGAAGGACUCUUCUGGAGUUGAUGUGGAUGCUGAUAUUUUUGAUGAACUCCUGAGGUCUGCUACAGUGUCUUUCAAAGUAGUCACUAAGCACGUUGUGGGCGUCCUUGAUGAGAGUGAGGUAACAGACACUUCCUUCAGUUCUGAAGAUGGUUCAGCCUCGUCAGUUCAAUCUCCAAGCUCAGCGAGCUCAUCUUCUACAGUGAUCACAGAGAACACCAAAGCACAGAGACGACGACUGGCUGAAGGACCACCUGACAGCAAGAUGGCAAAAGAUAUUGUCUAUGUGGCUCUACACCAAAAACCAGGGGGGGAAGAUGUAUUAAAAGAAUACAACAAGACCAAAAGUCUCUCUGAUCCAACAAGAAGGAAACUUGUCAAUAUUUUAGUGGCAGAUAUGAUCGAAAGUCAUGGGAGAGUCCCUCCUGUCAAUGUCCGCAUCACCUACGCCCUGGGAAUUGUCACCCUCUUUCCCAGUUUGAAAGAUAAUUGCUCACCAACUGGCUAUGAGCAUUUCUACGAUCCUCAAAGUGGACAGGGCUACCUGGCCUAUCGAUUGAAAACCGUUCAGCGUAACACUGCAAGUGACUUCAAGAGGAACUCCCUGUCUGCUCAUCAAGGCGGCCCGAGAACUCAGAGGGAGACCUCAACAUCUGAACAGCUGUUUGGUGAUGAAUGCAAAGAAGCAAUGUCCAUAAUGAAGCAUGCAUUAGACCAGGACGUUGUUAAGGGGAAAAUGAAGGCAACAUUUAAGCAUAGACAGAAUAUGCUACAUGAUCUGGACCAGUCAUCACUCAUCUUGGAUCACUUCCCAAGAUUCUUGGAUACACCAGGCUUGAUUGAGCAGGACUUCAUCAUGCUCUUUGGAGAAGACAUCUCAGGGAAGUUUGUUGCAAGAUGGCCAACGUUCUACAAACCGAAGGUCAUCACUGUCAGCAAAAGCCUUCGACAGAGCGUUCACCUGGAUGACCUUCUGUCUGCUCAGGAGGAAUCAAGUGAUUAUGAAUGGGACAGUGACUUGGCAGCCAUUCUCCUGCUGGUUCAUCUCUUGCCUCCAACCGCCAAAGGGAAGAAACAAGUAAAAAUUAGUGCAACUGAGGCAGCUGAUCGUGUUGUGAAGUUCAUGAAGGUGGGGACAAGCAUGGCGACAUUCCUUGGCAAAGUUGGAUCUGCACAGCCCUUCCUCCUCUGCGUUGGAGAGAAGAAGAGCAGAAUUCAGAAGUUCUACAUCAUCCUGGAUCAGAAGCCCAUUCCUUGUGUGGCACAGACUGCAGUGGCUGCCUUCGAUGAACUUUUUAAGGCACACUUUGUGUUUGCUGUGUCCUACGAUGCAACCCUCCUCAACUUCUACACAUUCAUCCAAACAACAGUUUAUGGGAUUGAUGCGGCAACAACAAAGGAGAGCCCCAGAGUCAAGGAAAUCAGAGCUGUCAUUGGGCCACAGUUGCCUUUGAAUGCCGAGCGAGUCAUUUCGCCUCAUCUCGGCUCUCCGGCCUAA